CCAGACCGUGGAACAUCACCGGGGAAUUUGCAUUCAAAUAAACUACCUGGCCCUUUGUUGCCUCUCUUUGCCUGCUUAUUUUGGCUAGAAUUUAUCUUACAGUUACCUCACCUGCUACCGCUUCUGUAUACUCAUUUGUCAGUAGAGGCUAGCCCUACUUUACAGGAUCACUGCAAGGAUUAAAUGAGUAAAUAUAUAGAGAUCUCAGUUUCUGCUAUUAUCAUUUCUAUUGUCUUAACUUUGGGAGUCAGAGAAUGUUAUUUACUGUCUAUAAAAGUAGUAUAUUCAGCACUAAACCUUCAACCUUAGGUAACUUACUUAAACUCUGCCGUAGGUCAUAUUUAGCAACAGCAAAUAAUUCAUGGUAUUGGUGGGAAACAGAUGUUUCAAUGAAAAUACUUAUCAAAUAUUUGUGUAGCCACAGACCACCAUUAAUCAUGAAAACCUCUCCUGUGUCCAGUUUUGGGGUUAUAACACACCUGUUGUUUCAGGCUUCACUCUUUAGGGUAACACUUAUAGUCAUUGUUCUUUGGUUCCCAUUCUCUGCCCUGUAGAUGUUCAGAUUUUUUACCACAGUGCAGUUCUGCUGGUGGUCUUCCUCAAUAAAACAUAAAAAAUAGGACCUUGUCCUGCCUGUUAUGGUCUGUGCCCUCGGCAGAGUGUUCUUCCACACAACCUCACCAUUUCACACUGUUGCUUGCUGUCAUCGGAUGCCACACCUUUUCUGCUAGACACUACUCAGAACCACACCUCAAAGGAGGCUGCUGGCCCCAGAAGGCCAGGCAUGUGGCUCUGGAUGCAGUGCACUGCCCUGGGAGCCUUGCAGAGCGUGGUGCUCAUCCUCCUGGCUCCUCCUGCUCAGGAUCCCUGUUUCUGUCCUGGGUCCAAAGGGGCUCCCAGCCACUCCCCUCUCCAUGCCCACUUCAGGAUCUGGGUCCUCCUCCCCGCUGGCCCGAGGAGAUGCUGCCCAGUGUGGUGACUGCAGCUUCGAGCCCCACCCCACCCCCACUCCCAGUGGCUUGCCGUCUCCCUCGGGCCCAGACACGAGCUGGUCCCCAGAGCCAUGCACUUUGAGAUGUGAAAAUCAGCUCCUAUUUUUAAACAAAACUUUUAGAAAGAAAAGCUUUAUCUUUAGCUCUGAUCUGGUAUUUUAAAAAAAUAUUUAAAUGAUUCAUGUUCAGAAUCAGCGAUUUGGGCUUUUCCUUCUGCCUUGAUCCGCUUUGUUUUUCUGGAAUACCUGCUUGCUCCUUCUCAAUCCUCUGACUCCUAAAAAAAUUAAUCCUGCAUGCCUGAUGAGGGAACUCCUAAUUCCUCUUUAUUUUUGCUUUUGGAUUUCUUCUUGUUUAUGAAACGGGUGACUCUUUUACUUUCAGAGAAGACAAUGACUCGGGACCCAGAGACCCCAGAUGUUGAGGAGCCGAGGAAGCGGAAGUGACUCUUAGGGGACAGAGGGCCUUGAGUAGGGGGCAGGGAAGAGGAGAGGCACGUGACAUGCAUGGAGACCACACAUGCACCACGGCAGUCACUGACAGGUUCCCCUGUCUUGCUCGUGAACUUGGCCUGGAUGAUGUAUCCCAAGUUAUUUCCAAUAAUAGUAGUGGCUAAUGCUUACUAGAACUUACUAUGCACCAGGCCCUUUGCAUACAUUAUUCAUUUAAUUCUCACAAUGUACACUAUGUAGUACUUGUUUUUAUUAUCUCCAAGUUCAGAGCAGAAAAAUGAAAAAUAGGCUAUUUGAAUAACAUGGCCAAGGCCACACAGUUGUGGGGGCUCCAGCAUCUGGCCCAUGCUGGGUCCAGUCCCCUCGUGCACCCAGAGCUGGCAUCCCUCUGAUGUUCCUGCCCACCCUCCCCCUCCCAGCUGCCGCCUCACACCCCAACCCCUCCAUCUGACCUGUGGGCUGCUCCACAAUUCACUAUCUCAUUUCCAGGAAGGGAGUGCUUCUCACAGUUCAUGAGCAGAUUUUGGAGUGCCUCCUUGUGGAGUUUGUUGUCCAAAGCUACCUGCUGGACCCCACAGUCAGCGCAUACCAACACACACAGCCUGUCCCCAAACACACACUAACCCACAUGCACACAGAAGCUCACACACACACAUGAACAUAAAAAAAAACCAAGCACCGCACAAGCACACACGUAAACCCACAUCCACACACAUGAACAAUGAACACAGACAUAACCCCCCCCACACACACAGACACAUAACCACACAGAUAAACCCACGCACCCAAGCCUGCUGGGGCCUCACCCUGGCAGGCCCUGUCUUCUCCAUCUUCUGGAGGCCUGAGCACCACGAGGCCAGGGAAAGUGAAAACUGUCCUGGCAGGAAGUGAAACAGAAUGUGAGCUUUUCUGGUGCUUCUGACACAGCUGUUGGGGGUGAAGCAAACAGGUUACCGUUUCUGGAGCUGCUCUGAGGUACUGGAUCCCCUGGGGUGGCCGUCUGGGUGGUGCCCGGGCUGCGAGGUACAGUCGGGGGAAGCUGGGCACCAGGGCUCGCUUCCCUGGCCGCAAGCCUCCCUGUGCCCACCCUGAGUGGGCCUGCCACUUUCUGUGGGGAGGGAGAACUGGGCUUUCUCCACAACAGGCUCUUGAAAAUGGUGGUGGGGACAAGGGCAUCUACUCAGAACUACAGAUGCACACGGUCCAUCCAUUUGUUCUUGGUCUAGAAACACUCUGUUCAUAGAGCUUUCCUGCUCCCUCUUUUAACAAGUGAAAGGGACACGUCCUGUGGAGGGAGAAAGUGAAGCCAGUAAAGCACCGACAGGGCUUGUGUUCCUUAUGCUUGACCAGGUGGGGCCUGGCCAGUGCCACAUAGACUUCUGUCUGGUGGGAAAAUGUCCCCAGAUGCUUGGCCACACACAGACCUUUGGGGUUCCUGGGGAGGGCGGAGUUGGAGAUUUUGGAACUUGGUGGCCUGUUGUGAGUCACCAGGGAGAGAGGGACAAGGGGCUGGGGCCGUGGAGGGUUCAGUGGGGCUGGUGGGGGUGUUGGUGGUGACAUGGACAUCACUGUCCUCUGGCCCUAGAGAGUUCAGUUGCUGGAAGCCUGAGAAGAGAGUUGAGGGUUCUUCAAAAGUCUAACUCUGAUUCAGGGGGGUACCCCACCGUCAUUGUGAUAUCAGAGUAAGGAGUAUCUAGUUCCUUCUUAAAAAUUCCCUCCUGGUGUCUGAUAGAUCAUAGGAUCAUCAAAUGCCAGGCCUAGGAAGAAUCCUGGCUGUAAUACAUUUCAAUAUUACCAAACUUUCCAUUUUUGUUGUAAACCUACAUCUCCAUUUACUUAGUAUUUUUCUUUAGAUUAACUUGCUUUAAAACUUUUCAGUUUAACCUAAACAGUGGCAUUUUAGAUCACUGAGGAUACAUGUAUACCCUUUGAGAACCACUGAUGCAGUCCAGCCCAUCCUCACUGCAGGCGAGGAAACUGAGAUCCAGAGACAAAAAGUGCACGGCCCCACAUCUCACAGGUAAAAGACAAGCGAAACUGGGAUGGUUUCUGAGGUCUCCGAAUUACAGUCUUGAUUCUUUCCAGGAUACUGCAUCAUAUUUCUCAGUUCUUAAAGAGGCUCUCUGGAAGCUUUUAGAAUUUUUUCAUGCUCAUGUUCUGGAAAAUCAAGAUGCUGUUGCUCAGUGCGGCUGUUGAGGGAGUGGGCUGUGCCAGGUACACAACAGGUCUUAUCAAUCUCCACACUCAGGUCUUCAGAAUUGGGCCAAUUUCUUGUAUUACUUAUUUCCUUUUUUCUCCCAUCUAUUUUUUUCAUUUUCCUUCUGAUAUGUCUGUUAUUUGGGUGUUGGAUUUCCUGCACCAAUUACCAUCUAAUUUGCUUCUCUCCUAUUUUGUCCUACUUUCUAAAAGAUUUGAUUCAAUUCCAUCUUUUAAUAUUGCUGGUAAGUUUUUAAAGUUUCAGCUUUCCUAUGUUUAAUUUCUGAAAGCUCUUUCACAUUCUGUUUGUUUUUCAUAACCCCCGUCGCUGUUUUAUGGAGGCACUGUCCUUUCUCAUCUCUCUCAGGAUGUUCACUAACAUACGUUUGAAUGUUUCUUCUAUUUCUUGCACUGCCUCCCUUUCCCUUUGGUUCCUUCUCUCUGUGGUUUUUCUUUAGUUUCUUUAUCAUGUUGGAGCCUUUCUUCAUAUGCUUUGUGAUCCUUUAAAUAGAACCCUAGUUAUAUUUAACAGUGAAACACUACAAGUCUGAUUGCAGUGUCUUCCUGAGUAUGAGCAGGGUGUGCUGGCUGAGCAGCUCACUCCGGGGGCCUUUCUUUGGGGACCCUCCGUGUCUACCUCUGGGGUCUCGGAGCCGGUAAUCUGACAGCAGGGUGGCAGAUGGAGAAGAGUUCCACAUUUAAAUCUUUAGCCCCCACCUUUAGCCCCACUGAGUCUCCAUCUGAGCAAUUUCCUCUCCAGGCGUCCCAAUGCUCGUGGGUGGCUGGUCCAGGCAGCCAGCCCUGCCCUACCUGCUUUUGGUGGUGGCCAUGUCUCUGUCCUGCUCAGCUGUGCCCAUAGAUGUAGCACGAAAGCAGCUGCUAAUGAGAGAGAAGACGAUGAGGCUGGGAGGGCAGCUGGUGCUCAACAGACAGGAGGAGCUGGCCAACCAGAAGCUCAUGGCCCUGAAGAGGGCUGAGGUGGCACAGGCCAUGCGGACCCAGACAUUCCCGCCCAGCAUGCACUUCUUCCAGGCCAAGAGCCUCAUUGAGGAAAGUGGGGUGUUCCACAUCCUGAGGAAGAUGCCGAAAGGAGCUGCAUUACACAUCCAUGACUUUGGCAUCCUGAGUAUGGACUGGCUGGUGAAAAAUGUCACCUAUAGGCCUCACUGCCAUUUCUGUUUCACCCCAAGGGGGGCCCUGCAGUUCAAAUUUGCUUAUCCAGGUCCCCCAGCCCCUCCACCAGUGAAAUGUUCAGAGUGGAUUUUGCUGGAGAAGCAUCGUAAGGGACUGCCAAACAUCACUGAGUUUGACAGCAGCCUGCUGAGGGCUUGCACGCUGGUGACGGAGAACCCUGAGGCAACUUAUACAAACCAAGACAUCGUCUGGUCCAAGUUUGAAACCAUCUUCCUCUCAGUCUCUGGCCUUGUGCACUAUGCACCCGUCUUCAGAGACUACAUCUUCCAAAGCCUGGAGGAGUUCUACCAGGACAAUGUGCUCUACCUGGAGCUCAGAGUCAUGCUGUACCUGGUGUAUGAACUGGACGGGACGACCCAUUCCCGAGAGUGGUCAGUGAGGACUUACUCCGAAGUGGCUUGUAUGUUUGCGAAAAAGCAUCCUGGAUUUAUUGGAAUCAAACUCAUUUAUUCGGAUCACAGAUCCAAAAAUGUGUCCCACAUCAUGAAAUCAGUCCGAGUGGCCAUGGCACUGCGAGCCGACUUCUCCCAGGUGGCAGGGUUUGACCUGGUGGGGCGCGAGGACACCGGCCACUCCUUAAACGAUCACAAGGAGGCUUUGAUGAUGCCAGCUUCGUAUGGUGUGAAACUGCCUUACUUUUUCCAUGCUGGAGAGACAGACUGGCAGGGUACUUUCAUAGACGGAAACCUUCUGGAUGCCCUAAUACUGAACUCUACCAGGAUUGGCCAUGGGUUUGCCUUGAGCAGACACCCAGCAGUGUGGGCUGACUCCUGGAGGAAGGGCAUCCCCGUAGAGGUCUGUCCCAUCUCCAACCAGGUUCUGAAACUGGUGUCUGACUUGAGAAACCACCCUGCGGCUGUUCUGAUGGCCACCAGCUACCCUGUGGUGAUCAGCUCUGAUGACCCAGGUGUCUUCGGGGCCAGAGGCUUGUCCUAUGAUUUCUACGAGGCCUUCAUGGGCAUCGGGGGUGCGAUGGCUGACUUGAGGACCCUCAGGCAGCUGGCCAUGAACUCGAUCGAGUACAGCGCCCUGUCAGCCAAGGAGAAAAAGGCUGCCAUGAAAACCUGGGAGGAGAGCUGGAAUAAGUUCGUAGCUGACCUGGUCGAGAGGCCGACCUGAGAAAGCAGCCACGUGCCACCCCAUUCCUCCGCUUCCCUGCACGCCGUCGUCACUGUCAGGCACUCUUGAAUCCACUCCCGUGGAGCCUCCACCUGCACUGCUCUAUCACACUGACCUGGGGGAGGCCCCCCGUGGCCUCCAUGCUGCCUGACCUGGCCGGGACACUCAUCUUCCUCUGAGGGCCCCUUCCAGCACCCCUCUCCUCCUGACCUCUGGGCCGGGCCUCCUCCUCCCAGUCCUGCCCUUCCUGCUCUUGUCUCUCUGCUUCCCUGCUUGGCUCUUCUCUUCUCACUCUCCCUUCUUUUCUUAGGUAGUCUCUCCAUUCCUUUGCUUUAAAAUACCAUUUAUUUGCUGAUGGUUCCUAAAUUAAUUUAUUCACUUGGAUGCUUAUAGGACAGAAACCUGUGUGCAAUUCCAAAUUAUCAAUCUCUUUGCCCUUUCCCUGGUCUUUUCCAUCUUGGCAAGUGGCACCUCCAGCCAUCCUGCUCAGUUGACCAAAGCAGAGAUUUUCAGCAAAAUUCUUGUUUCUGCUUUCGCCUACUCCCCGCCUCAAGAUGUAUCCUGACUCCAUCUACUGUCUCCACCUCCACAGCUACUGGCUGAGCGCAAGCCACUCUCCCCUCUCACCUGAGCUGCAGCAGGAGCCUCCUAAUUGAUCUCUCUUUUUGUCUCUUUGCUCUAUUCAGUUCACUUUCACAGAGCAGUGACUUUUUAAACAUUAAAUUAAAUCAGCACACUCCACUGCUUGCAACUCAGUGUGCUUAGAAUCCCAGUGUUUCUUCAGGGCAUCCUGUUUCGCCUGGGUCCCUCCAGCAUCACCCUGCACCUGGUGCCCUUUGCUCCUCAAAUAGCCUAAGCCCUGUCCUGCAUCAGGUUAGUCUCAUUCUCUCUGCCUGGAAUGUUCUCUUUCCACUUUUGUCUAACAGACUCCUGUUUACACUUCAGGUUUCAGGUUUUAUGUCACCAUCUCAGAAGGGCAUCCCAGACCCCUACCCUGUUAUGCUCGCCCCUGUGGUGCUGCCAGGACGGAGCUGCUGGGUUUCAUUUCUCCAGAUGUUUGGCCGGCAGCCUCUUCCUUCCCCACCUUCAGGGUGGCCUGGACCCAGCCUUCCAAAGGGAUUUUGCCCGGGGGCCAUCCAGAGCUGCUCAUUAGGGGAGGAGGCUGACCACUGCUGCGACUCCAGGCUCUCGGUGGCCGAGCUGCUGUCUCGAAGCGGCCCCAGUUUCCUGUGCCCGCAGGAGGAAUGGAUUCCUGCAUCCCUGCCUUUGUCCAGG